UACUUUGAACCAAUUUCUACAAUUAUGUUUCCACGAUUGAAUUAUGAGUACACUUUUGACUCUAGAGACUCUUUAGAUGAGUUUUCAGCUGAAAGUGAUUCUGAGCAGAAUUGUCCAUUCAAUGUGCUUCCAGUUAGAAGAUUUUGCUCAAUAAUAUCAAGCAUUGGAAGUGUAUUUAAGUUGCAGUACUCAAGUGACUGCAACUCUGGAAAGAAGAAUUGCCUUCCUCUUGGUGGGCUGAUUGACUAUUUGCCUCGCAUUCUGUCUAUUAAAAACAUUAGGUGUUCAGUGGUACAAAAGAGAAUUCAAGUCUUGGUAGAAUUUAGAAAUAAUAGCCAUGUUGAUGUUGGUAACUAUCUAUCUUUCAAUCCCAACACAACAUUGAUUGGAGAAGGAAUGUGGGAUGAUAAGAAGAGUCAGCUGUUUGUUUUUGUUUGCCAAUUUUUAGACAUCGGAGAAUCUUGGUCUAGUGCUCGUGUUGGGGAUUGCACAACAAGGUUGAGCUUGAGGUUCCCUGCAAUCUUGUCUAUAAGACAGACUAGCAGCGUGAUGGGGAAAAUUUGGACCAAGAAAACUGUAAAUGAUUCUGGUUACUUUGAUAGGAUUGUAUUUCAACGAACUGAGAAUCAUAUGGAGGGGGUUCCAGGUUUGAAGUAUGAAUACACUGAACUUGACAGAGUAAAGAAUUUAUGCCCGAGAAAGGAGCUGGUUAGAAAAACUGGAGAAUAUCCAAAUGGCCAUUCCGCGGGUAUGAAAUUUGACAUGCUAGUUAAAAGUUCUGGAAUAAAAUAUGGACAGGGUUUGGCAGUUCCUCUCGCCAUUGGUGAUCAGUUAUACAGGCAGUAUUUGUAUCCAGUGGCUCAUCGUAGCUCCAUGUUUGAAAGUGCAGUGCCUGCAAAUUGGAUACAAAGUAGGCCUAUCAAUGUUAGCUACGUGGUGAGCAUCACAUUGCAAACUCCUACAAAUUUAAUUAGAAGAGUUUAUUCUUCUUAUCUAAUUGAAGAGAAAUUGGAAAUUACCGCUGAAGGGGUAUAUGAUUCUCAAACUGGAAACUUGUGUAUGGUGGGUUGCAGAAAGUUUGGGUCAGACAAUGAAGUGUUCCAAAAUGCUUUUGUGGAUUGUGAAAUUCUUUUGAACUUUCAGCUUGCUCCAUUAGAAUUAAAUAAAAAUGGAGGUUAUAUCAAGGGAACCAUUGAAAGCAUGCGAAAAAAAUCUGAUCCUCUUUACUUUGACUGUCUAGAUGUGUCUUCAGCUGCCAACAAAACUGAUCCGGGAAGAAGUUUAAUUUGGACAAUGAAUCUUGAUAUUGCAAUGGUUCUAAUAUCUAACACUCUAGUAUGCAUCUUUGUGGGAUUGCAGCUUUAUCAUGUGAAGAAGAACCCAAAAGUACUCUCCUUCAUUUCACUUGUUAUGCUUGUGAUUCUUACGUUGGGCCACAUGAUUCCCCUUGCGCUAGACUUUGAAGCCUUGUGCCCGAACAAACAAGAUCAAGACAAGUUAACAGUCUCAGCUCGAUUCCAUGAUGGCAACCAAAAGCACUUGUGGUUUGCUGAGGAAAUGACCUUACUUGUGAUUGUGGUUCUGUAUGCUGCCGGCGCCAAAAUUACUCUGCUCGUCACCUGGGAGAAGUACAGACCACAGCUUUUGUUGCUUCGCUCUUCUCCUGUAGAUUACCAGCAUCUUCCCAUUUGCAAUGACUUGAAAUCAUUUGCAGGUUUACUCUUAGACGGUUUUCUUUUGCCUCAGAUACUCCUCAAUAUUGUCUCUAACUCAAAACAGAAUGCUCUCAGUUGUUCAUUCUAUAUUGGAACAACUUUUGUUCGAUUGCUGCCACACGCAUACGAUCUUUAUCGUAAUCACAGCUAUGUUCUCUAUAACAUAUUACAGUUUUCUGCAAAUCUUGACAAAGGUUUUUUCUCUGCUGCUUGUGAUGUCAUUAUUGUUCUGGUACUCCUUUUGCUUGCUGCAAUCGUUUAUUUUCAGCAGCAGUUUGUUGGUCAUAGCAUUCUUCCCCAUGGAUUUAGAGGGUUGGAAGCAUAUCCAGAGAAAGGUCCACUACUCAGUAAAUCAUCAAGGCCAGUGAAACCUAGUGCAUGAUAUGGUAUUUCCUCGUCAGUACUGUUUUCAAAUAAUUUUGAGCUGCAAAACAGAAGUUGUAUGGUCAAUCCAAUAUUUGUACAACAAAGUGCAUAAGUGGAUCAAGAUGUAACUUA